AUGAGGGUCGCCCAUAUCCUCUCCUCCCUUGUGGGAGUUGGUAUACUCACCGCCAACGCUGCUGUCAUCGACAAGCACAAGACCAACAGCAUCGAAAUCAUCAGCCCCCUCAAGGGCAUCAGCUUCCAGCGUAUCAAGGCUCACCGCGAGCCUAUUGCUGAGGAUAUCGUCGGCCGCACUCAGCCCCUCAAGGCCUUCCGCGGCAAGAUCGCUGGCCACAAUGCCGCCACGGCCCUGCAAGCUGCUCAGCCCAAGGACCUCUCUAAUGCCUACCAGAACAUCACUGCCCUGACUCCCUACGGCACUCAAUACUCCAUCGAGGUCAUCUGGGAUGGAAAGCCCCUCAACAUGCUGUUCGACACCGGCAGCAGCGACACCUGGGCUGCCAGCACCAAUCUCUCCUGCGUCAGCAUGACGGGCACUGUUGCCUACCCUCAGGAGGCAUGCGCCUUUGGCCCUGACCUCAUUGAUGGGUUCAAGUAUGGUCCUGUCGAGGACAUCCAUUUCGCCCUCAGCUACGGCUCUGGCGAGAAGGCGUCGGGCCCCAUGGGAUACAGCGAUAUCGAGGUCGCAGGCAUCGUCGUUCAACAGCAGCAGGUUGGCCUUGCCAAUCUCACUCACUGGUACGGCAAUAACUACACCAACGGCAUCCUUGGUAUGGCUUACCCCUCCAUUACGAGUGCCUUCACUGGUGAUGCCACUGAGAAGCGUCCUGCCUUCCAGGUGCCGUACCAGCCCUUCUUCACCAGCAUGGUCCAGCAAGGACUCUCUGCAGACUCCUUCAGCGUUGCCCUCGUCCGCAACUCCUCGGGCGUGAUUGCUUGGGGUGGCCGCACUGGCGUCACCAUCUCGAGUCCCACGGCGUACACGGACCUCAUCAUCACACAAAUCAACACUGAGCGACCAGAAUCCGCCUGGCAGUACUCGUACUACACGAUUCUUGUCGACGGCAUCAAGUGGGGAACGACGACAGACGAGAGAAAGUUCCCCUACAUCGUCGACACGGGAACCACCAUGAUGUUCGUCCCUCCUCCUAUCGCAGAGGCCAUUGCCAGGUCAUUCUCCCCCAGCGGCAUCUACAUGUUCCAGUACGGCUCUUACUUCGCACCCUGCGACGCGGUUGCUCCGCGUGUCGCGGUUGUCAUCGAGGGCAACAGCUUCUGGAUCAACCCUGUGGACCUCAUCUUCCGCAACAUGAAGGAUCAGCUCACUGGGUACUGCCAGAUCGCCAUCACCACUGGAGCUACUGGUCCAUAUGUCCUCGGAUCAGUCUUCCUGCACAAUGUCGAGGCUUAUUUCGACGUCGGCGCUGCCCAGAUGCGCUUCUACUCCCGACAGACCUUUGGUCCUACGCCCGAGGCCUCAAUUGGUCCGGAUCGUGUGUCUGUCUAA